AUUGCAUCAUGUCACUUACCAAACCCACUCUCCCACCACGAUUCAAUUCAAUAUUUACAUUCAAGAUAAUCUAUCAAUAUGCAAAAUCUUACAGAAAUCAAUCAUCAACAAAAUACAAAUAUUCCCCUUCAAAACCUCUCUCAACUAAGCACCGAAAUGGAUUCUAUUCAAAGCUUCAUAUCCCAAUCCAUUCAAACAAACACACUCCUCCCCAAACAACACUUAGACUCACUCUCCAACCAAAUCUCUUCCACAAUUCGUCAAGUCAUCAUCAACGCAACUGCCCUUCUCGCCACUUGUCCAGAAGCAAUAACACUCCCACCAACCGACAGUUACUGGACAAGUGGUGAGAAGAUCAAUUACAUUGAUGAUGACAUGGCGAAUCUCACUCAUAACGAACAUUCCAAAAUCGUGGAACUGGACGCAAUGGAACUGCUUGCGAAGCACUUCCACUUCUGCGAGAUUUGCGGGAAAGGUUUCACGCGCGAUGCGAACCUACGUAUGCACAUGCGUGCGCAUGGAGAACAGUUCAAGACACAUGAAGCGUUACGUAGCGUGAGGGAAAAGCAAGCGCGCUUAACAACGACGAGAUUUUCUUGUCCUUAUGAAGGUUGUAAACGUAACAGGUUACACAAGAAGUUCAACCCGUUGAAAUCGGUGUUCUGUUUGAGGAACCAUUUCAAGAGAAGUCACUGUCCGAAAACUCACACGUGCGAUCGGUGUCGGAGGAAGAGUUUUGCGGUGGUGUCGGAUUUGAAGAGUCAUGUGAAACAGUGUAGGGGAGAGUCCACGUGGAAGUGUUCGUGUGGGACCACGUUUUCUAGGAAGGAGAAAUUGUUUGGACACGUGGAGCGGUUUGAAGGACACUCGCCGGCAAUUGUUGUUGAAAAGAAAGGAAAAUCAAUGACGGCGGCGCCGGCAGAAGAGGAAGGUGUGGGUGGAUUUUUAACGAAGGAAAAUAAUUGCAUGGAUGCUUUGCCGGAAGGAGAAGCAUUCAUAGUUAUUUGCUCUAAAAGCCCCAAGACCUAAGCAUCAUUUAAGUGGAAGCUUCUAUCGGACGGUCACCAAUGUUGAGUUACCUGUGUCUACAUAUAGAGCAACUCUGACAGGUCCUAAAGGAAUCAAUAUCUCAGUGAAGCCGAAUGUGUUGUCAUUCACUCCACUUGGAGAAGACAGACAUAUGUCCUCACCAUAGAUAUAAAAAUGAAGAAGUCUAUUGGGUCGGCUUCUAUAAUUUGGGAUGAUGGUACAUAUCAAGUGAGAAGCCCUAUUGUUGUAUUUGAUGAGCGAGCU